CUCCAAAUUUUGUUUAUGGAAAGUUCAUAAGGCUUUAUUAUAUAUCCCAUCUCAACGCCGGUCUCCUUCACUGAACAACAAUCCAAAAAAUUCUCCUUAUUAUAAUGGAGCUUUUUCACCAACCCAUCACUAUAUUCUCUUCCGUUUUCAUUCUCCUCAUCUUUCUAAUUUUCUUCUUACACAAUUACUCCAACUUCAAAUUUCACCAACCUCCACUCAUCAAUUACCGAUUUCCUUCUAUUUCCGAUCAAUUCCGAGCCCUUCACUUCCCACAAAAUUCUCCUCCCGUAAUUAGCCUGAGAAAAGUGGCUAAAACUAGACUGAGUCGAGAACAAAAGCUCGAACUAGGGCUCGCUCAGGCUAGGGCUUCCAUUCGCAAAGCGGCCAGUGACUCCAACCUAUCCACCACCGUCGAUUACGUUCCUUCUUUCUCAGUUUAUCACAACCCCCGUGCCUUUUAUCAAAGCUACGUGGAAAUGGAGAGAAGAUUCAAAGUAUACGUGUACCCAGAAGGAGAAUUGCCGAUAACACAUGACGGGCCGUGUAAAAACAUAUACACAAUCGAAGGGAGGUUCAUACAUGAAAUGGAGGAUGGGGGAAACGGGUUCAGGACGGUGGAUCCGAGUGGGGCUCAUGUUAUGUUUAUGCCGUUUAGUGUGGCUUGGAUGGUGAAGUAUUUGUAUAAAGAUGGAAGCUAUGAUCAAACGCCGUUAAGAAUGUUUGUGAGCGAUUACGUGCGGGUGGUGUCUUUGAAGUACCCGUUUUGGAAUAAAACUAAUGGAGCUGACCAUUUCAUCCUUGCAUGCCAUGAUUGGGGUCCAAUAGCAACAGAAGGAAACCCAUUCCUAUACAACACAUCCAUCCGCGUCCUUUGUAACGCCAAUUCCUCCGAAGGCUUCAACCCACAAAAAGACGUCAGCCUCCCGGAGAUCCACCUCUACGACGGCGACAUAUCCCCCAAACUCCUCUCUCCGCCGCCACACCAACAACACCGUCGCCACCUAGCCUUCUUCGCAGGCGGCCUCCACGGUCCAAUCAGACCCAUAAUCCUAAACCACUGGAAAAACCGAACCGACACCAAUAUCCUCGUGUACGAAUACCUCCCAAAAGAACUCGACUACUACGACCAAAUGCUGCAGUCCAGAUUCUGCCUCUGCCCAAGCGGGUACGAGGUGGCGAGUCCGAGAAUCGUGGAGGCGAUUUAUGCGGAAUGCGUGCCGGUUAUUAUUUCGGAGCGGUACGUUUUGCCGUUCAGCGAUGUGUUGAGAUGGGAGGGGUUUUCGAUUCAAGUGAGUGUGUCGGAAAUUCCGAGGUUGAAAGAGAUUUUGAUGGGCGUGUCGGAGGAAAAGUAUGUGAAACUUCUGGAAGGUUUGAGGACUGUGAGGAAACACUUUGUGUUGAACCGACCGGCUAAGAGGUUUGAUGCUUUUCAUAUGAUUUUGCACUCUGUUUGGCUUAGGAGAUUAAAUGUAAAACUCGCGUAGCCUUAAGUUUAUGUCCUAAUUUCUCUUUGGUACAUAAAUUUAAGAGUAUUAUACUUUACACACCCUUAAUUUCUAUUUAGUCUCUAAGUUAUUUUAGUUAUGUCUCUAAGCUUCAAUUUGUACACUUAUAAGUGAAUACUUGUUUUAAAUUCUUGAUA